UGUGACUGGAGGUCACGGGACCCGUUAACGAACACUGAGCUGUGCGUCCGGUACCGGAAGGGGUGUUAUGCGCUUAUUGUUGUGGGCGUGGCCACAACGACGCGACCUGAUGGGUCCGGUGCGACGCUCCGAAACGCCGAGGUGACGUUAGCUGACGGUACCGGGACAGAGCGCUCUCUCACGCCGACCAGCAGCGACCUGUUGCCGCUGCAGGAUGAGCGGAGCCCCGCUACUGCUGCUACUGCUGGAGGUCAGCGGCCGUGCUGCCUUCACGGCCUGUCGGUCCCUGAACGCACCGCGGGACCGAUCAGAAGAGCUCACCGCGCCGGCGACAGGUGGAGACAGUUGGCACCGCCCCCUGGUGGAAAAAGUCCACCCCUUCAUCCUGGUGAAUGGACGGCGCUGGAGCCUGGCCGACGCACUGCAGCGCGGACACCCCGACCGCCUGCAGGCUGGACUCCCGGCAGGAGGACGUGUGUAUCUGCUGGACUUGGAGAAGAACCGCGACCUGCUGCCGAUACCGCCUGACGUCUUCUACUAUCUGCCCAACGGCACUGGUGUGUCCAUGAGCGCCGCCCCUGUGACUCACUGUUAUUACCACGGCACCGUGCGAGGCUUCCCACUCUCCAGAGCGGCUCUCAGCACCUGUUCCGGACUACGCGGCGUCAUCAUCAUCAACUCCACAGUGAGCUUUGAAAUCCAGCCACAGGUACAUGACCACCACCAGGGGGAGCAGGAGAGCCAAGCGACAGAGGGAGGUGGUGAUGGAGUCCAUCUGUUCUACUCCACAAGUCCUCUGGAUGGCGCCAGAGGGUGUGGCGUUUCCCAUACACCAGUCCCUCUGAUACACAGAUCAACGUAUGCCCACAGGAGGAAGAGGGACAUCCUGUCUGAGACAAAGUACAUCGAGCUGGUGCUGGUGGCUGAUCACCAGGAGUUCCUGAAUUACCAGAAGAACAACAGGACCAUUGUCUACCGCAUGCUGGAUCUGGCCAACCAGGUGGACUGGUUCUACCGUCCUCUAAAUGUUCGUGUGGCUUUAACCGGUCUGGAGAUCUGGACUGACAGUGAUAAGAUCCGUGUGGAGAAGAGCCCCACCAGCACUCUGAACAACUUUCUUGAGUGGAGAACCAGAGAGCUGCUGCCACGCCUUCACCAUGACAACGCCCAGCUCAUCAUGGGCGGAUCCUUUGAUGGGACCACAGUGGGAAUGGCGUCCCAGUCGUCCAUGUGCUCCAGAGACCAGUCAGGAGGAGUCAGCGUGGAUCAUCUGGUCAGUAUUUUGGGCGUGGCUUCAACUGUUGCUCAUGCGCUUGGUCACAACCUUGGAAUGAGCCACGACACUGCUGAGCGCCACUGCUUCUGUCAGAAUGAACCACGGCUCGGAGGGUGCAUCAUGGAGCCCUCAACUGGGUUCCUGCCCGGGCAGCAGUUUAGCAGCUGCAGUGCUGCAGACCUGUCCGCCAGUCUGCUGCACAGUGGCGGCAUGUGUCUGUUCAACGUUCCCCAGCCGGAGUGGUUGGUGGGCAUACCGCGGUGCGGAAACCUGCACGUGGAGCAAGGCGAAGAGUGUGACUGCGGCCUGCUGCAGGAGUGUGAGGACCCCUGCUGCAACGCCUCAACCUGUCGCCUGGUUCUUGGAGCUCAGUGCUCAUCUGAUGGCAUCUGCUGCCAUGAUUGUAAGUUGCAGCUGGCGGGUUCAGUGUGUCGUGAACCCCUCGGGGAGUGUGACCUGCCAGAGUUCUGCACAGGCUCCUCCCCCUACUGCCCCCCCAAUGUCUUCCUGCAGGAUGGUGAGCACUGUGACAAUGGUACCUCCUACUGCUAUGGAGGAGCCUGCACCAGCACGCACACCCAAUGCCAGAGGCUGUGGGGACCCAAUGCUUCCAGCGCACCAGCUGUCUGUUUUGCAUCAGUCAACACUCAGGGCAACAAGUUUGGAAACUGUGGACAGUUGGCCAACGGAUCCUACAUCGCCUGUAGAAUUGCGGACGUUUACUGCGGCAAGAUCCAGUGUCAGGGAGGAAGGGAGCACCCCCUGCUGGGCAGUAAGGUAGAGAUCCACACCAAGGUGCCCUUAAACCACAGUGAUGUGGUCUGCAGGGGAACCUUCUUCCACCUGGGAGACGACGUGUCUGGCCCGGCGACUGUGGCCCAAGGCACCUCUUGUGGUCCCAGCAAGGCCUGUUUGAACCAGAGGUGCCAGGACGCGUCGGUGUUCGGGGUGGAAGAAUGCCGCACCAAGUGCAAUGGCCACGGGGUGUGUAACAGUAACAAGAACUGUCACUGUGAUCCUGGCUGGGCUCCACCGGACUGCAGGUACUCCGGUCACGGGGGCAGCAUGGACAGCGGACCAGCCACGCCCACAGGAGAUACUGGGUUGAUCCGUGUUGCUCUCCUGGUUGUCUUCCUCUUCAUCAUACCCGUGGUCCUCUUCUUGGUUUUUCAUCGGUUCCGUGGUUUCUGGCAGAGACUCUGGUGUUUUGGAACCAGCAGCCGUUCCACUAAAGCUGCACAACACAGCAGAACUCCAGCGAUGGAGCGAGCAGACACCAGGAAUGGCGAGCAGGUCCGACCUCUGAGGUACCAUCAGAACCUGCAGACGAACGUCCUGCUGGCCUCGCCCCAAAAACAGGUUCAUGACAGGCCUGCUCCACCCACUAAGCCACUCCCCCCUGACCCCGCCUUAAUAACAGUGCAACAGGCUCUGGUCUGUCGACCUGCUCCGCCCAGCAAGCCACUCCCCCCUGACCCUGGCACACCUGACCAGAGUCCAGUGCACAGAGCAGGUGGAACUGUGUGCGCAAGAGGGCAGCCGCUCCAAAAACAGCCUCUCAGGUCCUAUGUAGCUGCCAGGCACAUGGAUAACGGGCUUUUAGCAGACUCGUGUCUAUACCACUUAAACCUAUGCCACCCAAAAAGCCACGCCCUGCGGACCUGUUGCCCCACCAGCCCAGGUACAGUACCAGCACCAAACCACCACAGUGUGGCGCCGUCACUCCUGCAGUGGUUCCACACAGACGUCCUCCUGCUCCUCCCCUGAGUCGCGGCGUCUCCCUGAGAGACGAGGACUGGGCGCCGCUGGACAUUGCCGACGCCGCAGACUGAGCGCUUCCUGUUGAAGGUGGAAGUGAUGAUGUCAUCGGUUUGAAUUCUCUUUCUAAAGUUAAACUCCAGAACUCGCUGCCUUGCUCAGCGGCACCUUUGCAGUGAUGGCGUUUAAAGGCUUCAAACCUGCAACUUCAAGGCGACGUCCGUGCUGUGGCUCUUUUGAGUGAGUAGGAGGUUCAGUGCCUUGCUGGAGGACUCGUUGGUCGGAGCUCAGACCUGUGACUCUGUAGUGACUGAAUGGUUCCCAAGCUGUGGCCCAGGAACCGCUGUAGGUUCUUGAGGUUUGCAGAAAGCAAAUGAGGUCAUUUGUCAGUUGUAACUGAAAUAUUUUCCAGCUUUGGACUGAAACUGCAGCAGAAUGUGAGCAAAGAUUCUGGGCCCAGUUCCCGUCCAAUUGGACCCACAAAGCCUUUGGUCCUGGCGGUCUGGCGCGACUGUAGUUUCAGGCUGAAGGUGGUUGACACCGGCAUUGCCAUAGUUCUCUUGAUCUUUUUGACUGUGUGCCUGCAGCAACAAUCAGACAGACACUCUGGUUCCAUGUCCCCGGAGACCUGACAUGGAGGAACUGCAUCCAGGUGUCCGGUUGGUACCUGCAGGGACGUCGGGUUCUGGAUGCCGAAUGGGACGUACACUUAGUCACUGCAGCAUUACGUACUUUGUUUCCUCUUUUUGAACUGCAGGAUGUCUGAUCCAGUCCCACUGGGACCCAGUCACCCUGUAGAACCCAUAUGGAUCCUUACGUCCACUCUGUGUGAUGUCAUCAGGACACUGAAGUGUUGUUUUAUACUUUAAUCACAGAUGCUUUAAUACUGAAGUUUAAAUUGUGCCCACAUCAGAUGUGAGUGUGGAUGCGACCUCGUGUCUGCUGCUGUUUACAGAAACUCAUUUGUCCUCCUCGGCUUUUUUCCUUCUGUCUUUUUAAUAAAAACCGACCUUCACUUUUAUU